CUCCUCUUGGGCAAAAAGCGCACGCCUAGAGUUCCGCACAUCAUGCGGACAUAGGGCCGGGGAGCUACAAAACGCGCAAGGAGUGCUACUCUUUUUCUCCUUUUCUUCAAGGGGAGAGCGGCAGACUGCUGCUUUUAGAACAGAAAAACUUCAGGGAGGUAUACGACCCAGCCGGGCUUCACAAAACGGUGCUCGCGCCCAUGUCCCGGGCCAUCAGUUAGCGGUAGGGCUGGUUGGGGUUCGGGUUGACGAUGCUCAUUUUCUCUUGUGCGAAGUCCUCCGCGCAUCCGCGACGAGGCAGCCCACGACUUUUCAACUAGCUAGCUAAUCAUCGCACUAAAUACAACAGGAGAUAGCUUUUGAGGUAGGUUUUCGCAGCUAGUCGAGAUUUUUAAAAGUUCUUUAAUUUGUGCAGCUGAGCCUGUUAUAGUAGAAGACGAUCUUCUAAACAUGCCCGACGUGGUCUCCGUGCUUCCGGCAAGUACAACCGGCGGUCCCUCGAACCUGGUCCGAGUUGAUCUCCCCACGCAAUCCUCGCCGGCGACGAGGACGACGACGACUGCAAGUACUGGCCCUACUCAAGCUUUCAACCUGCAAACUGAACUGGACGACAUCGGUAUGCGCUGCAAAUAUAGACCUGAAUUAUCUGGAAUAAUUUUGCCUUGCUGGUGAAGCUCGCAUCGCAGAUGAAGAAUAAAUGCUUGCGUAGAUGUACGGGGAAACUCACAAAAAGCAUGAGGAAUUUCGAUUUUUCGAAGCUUGUUGCAGAUUCAUGCGCAAGACGCCCGACAAAAUGACUUCCAUGCUGGAAGUUCCAGCACGACAAAAAAUAAACUGGCCAAUCGCAUACAUGGUCAUAAAUUGCCGCCCUCCGUUCACAUCUCGCAUCACAAAUCCAGACCCCUUGAUGACAUAUUUGCGAAGCAUAAUCGAAGCCGUUCUGUCCAAAAGAGUGAAAAGAAACGACAUCGAUUCCCUGGAGAAACGAAUUACGCAUUGCAAAAGUUGUAGCGUACUCGUACUCGUAGUAAUGGCAAUCAUGGUGCGCCGAAGAUCUCGCUUCUGGACGCGGCCUAGUGCCAGAUCAUUCGGCAUUUCGAAUUCCAACAUUUUGCAUGCUGAGGUGGAAGGAAAUUCUUGUCAUGAUGCACUUUUUACCACUAGUACUGCGAUAGUACGUCAACGUUUGCACAGGAUACGAAUUUUGGAGUUGCAGACCAUGAUCAUGUCUUCCGGGGAAGAUUUCUGUAACGACGAUGCUACAAAUCCAAGUACCACUACAAGAACCGUGACUUCUGCAAUAUCGCGUAAGAAACAGAAUCUGCUCGGCAAAUACGAAUUUGAGCGGCACUCCAGACGAGCUCGGGCACUGUAUGAGAAUGUCAGGUGGGAACGCGUCGUGAAAAUGAAAUGUAGCAUGCCUCGCGUGAAGUAGAAAUUGUACUGCGCACAAACCCGUCGCACCUCGGAGGGC